AUGAACCACAGAUAUCUCAAGAUGCAGCUCUCUUCGAACACCACUGCCUACUUUUUGGCCGCUGUGGACCUGACCGGCGUCACCACAUUCCCUGUCGACCUUACCCGGUCUAUCCCAGAGGAGGCGAACCAUGCCAUGACUGUGUCGACCCUGCCUCCCGUAGCUAGUGAGCCACUCAAGUCGUCUUCACCAUAUGGUCUCGAUCUCCUGGCUCCAUCUCGUCGCUCGAUCCCGCAUGAAGCCAGCCGUACAGAUCCCUUUUUCUGCCGCAUGUCUCGCUGGAACUAG